AUGGCUUCCGAAGUCGCUGCUGUCCAUUCACCUUCGCUUGAAGUUCCUGCUCCAAACAAGCUUGUCACUGUUCGCGUAAUCGAUACAGGCAACAGAGCAACCGUACCUGCAGGUUAUUUUAUGGAACCUCAUAUUGAGGGCCAUGAAAUCAUGAAGUCUCCUCAGUUUUCAUUUCUUAUUGAGCAUUCGUCGGGCAAAAAGAUCCUCUUUGACUUGGCCACUCGUAAAGACCCUGAGAACCUAUCCCCUGUUAUCCGCCAAUCGAUAGCUGCAGGCGGUCUAGCAUUCGAAGGUGAUAAGGAUGUUGUAGACAUUCUCGAGGAAAACGGCAUCAAGAGGGAAGAGACUGAAGAAGUUGUUUGGAGUCACUGGCAUCUUGACCCAGCCCGCACAGUAUAUGUAGACACCGUGUCAGCAUGCUGCGGAAUAUCCAGAGGGAAAUGGCGGUGUACCUUAAAUAGGAUAGGAGAGGAUGACCUAGCGGUGAAACGCGUGGAAAAAUUGGCUGUCAGCAUAACUGUCAGCAGAGGUCGAAAGAUGUCGUACGACAACUUUUCUAUCUUUAUCUUUCUUCUUCUGUACUAUAGGUUAAUGCAAACUCGUUCGAAGGCCUCUUCGCCCCUAACACUUAAUUUAGACGAGCUACCUAAGUUUAGACAUUAUCGCCCUUCUCCCUACUCUACGCCACCAUUCGCCCCCGGAAGUGAAUGCCCGGGAGCACUCAUCUUGAAUAUUCAUCCGCAAAAGUCACCCACAAAGCCCUUUUAUACUCAGAAGAAAAACGAGGAACUGAUGCAAGAUUAUCCAAAACUGUUGGAAUCGACAGACAAAAUGUCUUCGUUUGACGGAGAUGAACAUGUCCUGGUCUUAAUUGCCUACGAUGCUACAGUACUGGACACGCUCGACUUUUUCCCCGAGCAUGCUAAUGAUUGGAAAGAGCGUGGAUGGAAAAGUGCCGUUCGUUGGACGUUCCUGCAAGACUUCAAGCUGUGA